AUGCCACCGUCCCUGCCUGCCACCAUCAACAUCCGGGAGCCCCGCUGGGACCAGAGCACUUUCCAGGGCCGGGCCAAGCACUUCUUCAUGGUGACCGACCCCCGAAACCUGCUGCUCUCGGGGGCCACACUGGAGGAGGCCCGCCGGGUGGUGGAGGACUACAGGGCGGGCACGGUACCCCCGGGGCUGACGGAGGACCAGCUUUGGCGGGCGAAGUACAUCUAUGACUCAGCUUUCCACCCCGACACGGGGGAGAAGAUGAUCCUCGUGGGACGCAUGUCUGCUCAGGUCCCCAUGAACAUGACCAUCACUGGUUGCAUGCUGACCUUCUACAGAACCACGCCGGCCGUGCUCUUCUGGCAGUGGGUCAACCAGUCCUUCAAUGCUAUUGUCAACUACACCAACCGGAGCGGGGAUGCACCCAUCACCCCCAGCCAGCUGGGGACUGCCUAUGUGAGUGCAACCACGGGGGCGGUUGUCACAGCGCUGGGGCUCAAAUCGCUCACCAAGCACUUGCCAGCCAUCAUUGGCCGGUAUGUACCUUUCGCGGCCGUGGCUGCUGCCAACUGCAUCAACAUCCCGCUGAUGAGGCAGAGAGAGCUCAAGCUGGGGAUCCCUGUCACUGAUGAGAAUGGGAAUCGCCUGGGCGAGUCCACAGCCGCAGCCCAGAAAGCCAUUUUCCAGGUGGUAGUGUCCCGCAUUGGCAUGGCAGCUCCGGCCAUGGCCAUCCCCCCAGUGAUCAUGAACGCACUGGAGAAGAGAGCUUUCCUGAAGCGGUACCCGUACCUGAAUGCUCCUCUGCAGGUCGGCCUGGUGGGACUCUGCUUGGUGUUCGCAACCCCACUGUGCUGCGCACUCUUCCCGCAGAAAAGCUCGAUGCAUGUGAGCCGCCUGGAGCCUGAAGUCCAAGCUCGGAUCCGGGAGAAAGACCCGGGGCUGGAGACCGUCUACUUCAACAAAGGGCUCUGAACAGGGGGCCUGGGGCGGCUGAGGCGUGUGCCACAGAGCUGCUGGGCUGGCACACCGCUGAGCUUCACCCCUCGGAACCCCUUGGGGCUGCCGCCGAUUUUCCUUGGCCGUUGCGUGUCCGUAGGUCCCAGGUGCUCAUCCCUGUUUCCCAGGAUGCCCACAGCCAUGCAGCACUGCACUGAACCCCAUCCCCGUGCCUGGGCUUAGCCCCGCUCUGGGGAGCUUGUGGCUGGCACCCUGGUGCCUUUCUCCUGUGCUCACCCUGUGUGCAGCGCACUGGGGUGCAUGGGCAGCGGCACCAGGAACCCUGCAAGUGGGGAUGUGGGGUGGGGAAGGAAACGGUGCUCCCCAGCUUUAGGAGGCACAGACAAUCAUGGUGUUCGAGGGUUGAACCCCUCUGCAGUCACCCCAUGUUCCCUGGUGGUUCAGCAGAUGGUGCCUGGAGAUGGCAGAGCAGCUUUUGGAGAGGAAAACUCCCCAUAUCCAAAAUAGCCGCGAGUGAGUGAUUUCAAGCACGCAGUGGCUCAUACCCAGGGGGGGCUCUCCCAGCCCAGUCGUGUGCUCUCAGCUCACCCCUCUGCUCUUCUGGGCUGCUCUGGGGAUUUAAUCUGGUUUUCUGCUCCUUCCAUCCCCAGAGCAAAUGGCACAUUUUAAUCCCAGCAUAGAGUCCUCCUUUUUAUUCUCAUUUUAAUGCCAUCUCUGUUCAGGGCUGGGCUCCCCCUGAAGGUUCACUACCCCCUCCUGGAGUGCUUGCUUUCAGGUGAACCUUCUCAGAUAGCUUUAAGUGCACCGUGGUUUCCUCUAGUUAUUUUUGAUAUACAUAUAAUGUACCUAUAUAUACCAAAUAAUAAAGGCAGGUUGUUUAUACAAAACCAAAA